AUGGACUCCACGUUCCCUGCCGCCUUGACGGAGGCGGCUACUCCUCCUGCCUCUGCGCCGGGUUCGCCCCACGCCGCGGCCCAGGCUCAAGGCCCAACGGAUAGCCAACAAAUUUUUGUGAAGGAAGCACCCGCUGUCACGGCCCAAACCGUUGGGCAGGCGGGUCUCGAUAGCUCGCCUCCUGAACCCGUAGAGAUCCUCACUAACCCGCUUAUCGAGGGCAUUGACGUAACGUCCUUGAAAAAGGGGGUCCUAAUCCCCCUUAAGACCACACUCGAGGUUCGCCAGGAUCAUAGUGUCGUGCAGGUUUACAUCACCCGUGCCCCCACCAAGUGUGCCAAUGAGGUUAUGAAGUAA